GCCAGGAAUUCGUACUAAACCAUCUCCUGACUGUUUCUUCUUCCUCCUGCAUCUCAAUCAUCCACAACAGCCUCGUUGGCACUUCGCUCGUGACUUACCGUUUUGGUCUGUCGUGAUCGGACGGGAGUGUUGAACUGUUUGUUCGCCAGGGGCCUUUGUGCCGCGGGACGGUGCAGUACCAACCAGCGACCGGAUUGACGCAAUCAGGUCUAGGCCUACCAAGUUUCCGCCUCUCCGCCUCGUGCCUAGUCAGCAAUCGGAUUAGGAUCCCGAGGAAUGCAGCGAUAACGAACAUACAUACCUCCAACACCUACGACUCUACACUACAGCAGACGGACGCAUAACCUAACUACAACCAGCUUUACCCCUCGCGAUCGCGCCGAAUCCUCGACGACUCUAUAUACCUUAUCGCCGUGUAAUGACGAACUACUCUACAAUAUCUGAUGGAAACGCUUCUUUAUUUAGAAGUGCCGGCGACAUGUCAAGACCUCGACGUCGCGGUCAUAAGGAUGGCGGCCAUGGAGGCCAAGCCACUACGAUUAGCAGUGUCGUAAACCUGCUAAAUACAAUUGUUGGAGCUGGCACUCUUGCCAUGCCCUCAGUUAUGUCACAUAUGGGUAUCAUGUUGGGAGUGGUGCUGAUAUUGUGGUCUGGAUUGACUGCCGCUUUCGGUCUUUACCUACAAUCUCGAUGCGCUCGAUAUCUCGACCGAGGAACCUCAUCCUUCUUCGCCCUAUCGCAAAUCACCUAUCCCAACGCCGCCGUUAUAUUCGAUGCUGCAAUCGCAAUUAAGUGCUUCGGAGUUGGCGUGUCUUACAUGAUUAUCAUUGGAGACCUUAUGCCUGGUGUGGUGUUGGGCUUCCUCAGCAACGCUAAUAGCGCUCCGUAUCUGGUCGAUCGAAACUUUUGGAUCACCGCAUUUAUGCUUAUAAUUAUUCCUCUGAGCUUUCUGAGGAGGCUGGACUCACUGAAGUACACCAGCAUUGUUGCGCUGGUCUCUAUCGGAUAUCUAAUUGUCUUGGUGAUCUAUCACUUUGCAUCCGACAAGCACGCCGACCCUGGUAGUAUCAGAGUGAUCCAGUGGGGCGGAGCUAUUGAGACAUUGAGCGCUCUACCAGUCGUUGUGUUUGCAUAUACUUGCCAUCAGAACAUGUUCUCCAUCCUCAACGAACUGAAGGAUAACUCACCAUCAAGCAUUAUUGGAGUUGUUGGCACAAGCAUUGGCUCUGCUGCGUCAAUUUAUAUUGUUGUGGCUAUUACCGGUUACCUUACAUUUGGCAAUGCUGUUGUGGGAAACAUAGUUUCAAUGUAUCCUACUGGAGCUGCUUCAACAAUCGGAAAAGCCGCCAUUGUUGUACUAGUCACUUUCUCUGUUCCUUUGCAGGUUCACCCAUGCCGAGCUUCACUAGAUGCUGUAUUGAAAUGGCGACCAAACCGUAACUCGUCGAACAACGGACGAACCGCAACACCAUUACUCCCAGCAUCCCCGGCCGGCGAUCAUGGAAGUACCGCCCCGAUGUCUGACCUCCGGUUCGCUGUGAUCACUACUUUCAUUCUCACCUUCGCCUAUAUGACUGCCCUCUCAGUCACUAGUCUUGAUCGUGUCCUGGCCUUCGUUGGCAGCACCGGGUCAACUUCUAUCAGCUUUAUUCUCCCAGGUCUUUUUUACUACAAAAUCAGCAACCCAGAUAGCAUACAUCAUCAACGAUUGGCCAAGGAAGAUGAUGAUAUGGACGAGGACACACUCACCUCAGAUGUGGAGGACUCUGCUGCACUGGCGCAGAGCACAACUAGUGUUCGCAGUGGUGUGAGCAUCGCUAGCAAUGCCAGCACCCGCAGCAACCGAAACUCAUGGCGUUGGAGACGCAAGUGGCGAUGGGAUCUCGAGCACAUCGAACAUCACCAUCUGCGUAGACUCGCCCUCGCACUGGCGGUAUACGGAUCCGUUGUCAUGACCGUGUGUCUUGUUCUGAACAUUUUCUUUGCUGUCACUCAUUAAUUGUAUCAUUUUCUCUUACGGCCUCAUGGAUGACAAAUGUUGGAUACAGGCGUUGUAAGAAGGGGCAUAUGAUGUUUUUCUCAGCGUCUCUGCUUCAAUAGAUGACUUAAACUUAGUUAGACA